UUCAGCCUGUUUGUUCUGGGUGUAGGAAGGUAUCGGUGGAGAGAAACCUGGGUAGAAGGGACCAAAGUCUCUUUAUUUAUGGUCCUGGGGGAGUUAAUGUGUAAUAUCCUAGGACAGAAGCCUGCAGGGGACACCCUGACUCCGCACAGGCUCCAGGAGCCACCGAAGCUGCCGCCGGAGCUGCCCCUAUGUCGGGGAAAUUUGAGAUUACGAGUAUGGACAUAAGGCAGGGGAUGAGCCUGAAGAUCAAGGGCAAGAUUACGGAUAAUGCUGACAGUUUUGUGAUUAACCUGGGCCAGGGACCAGAAAAGCUGAACCUGCAUUUCAGCCCACGUUUUCACGAGUCCACCAUCGUCUGCAACACGCUGGAUGGCAACUGGGGGCAGGAGCACAGGGACGAUCACAUGUGCUUCAGCCCAGGCAUGGAUGUCAAGAUCGCUGUGACCUUUGAGGAUAACGAAUUCAAGGUGAAGCUGCCAGAUGGGCACCAGGUGACUUUUCCUAACAGGCUGGGCCACAGUCAGCUGAGCUAUCUGUGUGUGAAGGGUGGGUUCAACGUUACCUCCUUCAAGCUUGAAUAAGUGGGCGGCACCUCGAGGAGCUGAACUGACCACCCUGAGUCAUGGAUCGCAGCUCCUGGGGGUUCUGACUUGGCUCCCUCACCCCCAGUUCCUGCCCUCAGACCCCAGUGUCCUUCCCCAAGGCUGAAAACAAAGGUGGUUUGGUGGAGUCUGUGUGCCGGGAGCCGUGGUCUGUGUAUCUGUGCUUUUGGGUGCUCCAGCC